AUGGCCCUUGGCCUGAGCCCAGCCCUGCCGGCUGAGUCAGGCCUGAAGCCCGAAGUCCCAGCAGCAAGUCCCAGCAAACCCAGCGUCUCCUUCAAGCUCCCCAGACGGACCCUAACCCACCAGCCCAUUGGAAUGGGAGGGCAUUGCAGUGGUAUCCACAUUGUACCGUCGUGGGAGGAGACCCCUCUGCCCCCGCCACACUGUGGGGCCCUAGAGGCAGCAACCCCUCACUGCUCUCUGGAAGGGGGCCCUCCCUGCCUGCAUCGUCACGGGGACCUGGCACCCCUCAGCCCUGCACUCAGCUGGGAGGGCCUGGCCUUGCCUUCUUCUCUUGCACUUGCGCCACCCUCUGCAGGUGGAGCGAUCCAGCCUUCCAGAUGCUGA